UCUGUCUAAUGGUUUCUGGCUAGAUGUUGAUUUGCAUUCUUCAGGCCUGCCCUCAUUUCUAGGGAAACUAGUUAAGGAGAUAAGGACAGGUUCUUGGGGGAAUCCAUGGGUUGCUAGGAGCAGCAUGGUCCCCCUGAGGUUGUGUGGAGUGUCUGAACAUACGUGCCUUUAUCUGCGGGGAUGGGAGGAGCGUGCAGUACACCUUAAAGGGACGUUAGUCCUGCCGCACCCCCAGUCGGUGCCACACCACUGCCCCAGGACCUGUGUGGCCUGGCUGGCCUGCUUCCUGGGAGCCUAGUGUGUGGGUCACACGGCUGAAACGCCUUCAUCUCUGUUCCGUCUGCCCACUCCAGUCAACAGAAGAGCUGUGUGUUAAACUACAUCUAUUUUCUCACUUUUUUCUUGAGACAACCUUGCUUUUAGCUGUCAGCCACUGGGCAUCUUGCCUGCUCUCCCCGGGGCCUCUUACAGUCCAGGGUAGGAGGUCGGAGCGUGGACUCUGGUCACAGGCUCUGGGCUUGGGAUCCGGCUCUGGCACUUACUACCGCUGCUGCUGCUGCUGCUGCUGCUACUACUAUUUCUACCUCUACUACACUGCUUGCUCUCUUGGAGUCUCCCUUCCCAAAGACAGGCCCAUUUCACCAGAAAGCCUGUGGUGCCUGCCCCUGCGCUGCCAGUUCUGCAUCUACAAAACAGGUAAUGGUGCCUGCUCCGUCAAGCUGAUGGGGAUGAGGGAGUGCAGCCCUGGGGACAGCACAUGCGAAGCACUCCAUAGCUGGCUGCUGCUUUCUGCCUGCACUGGCAUCCCGGACACUGCUAGGGGCCAUGGUGGCCCUCGACUCUUGACACCUGUGUUACAAAGCACCUGCCAUGUUGGCCAACGUCACCAUGAAGCCGCUCUGCCCCCUCCUGGAGCAGAUGAGCCACCUCCAAAGCCACCGCAACUCCAGCAUCCGCUACAUCGACCAUGCGUCCGUGGUGCUGCACGGGCUGGCCUCAGUGCUGGGCCUGGUGGAGAACGGACUCAUUCUCUUCGUGGUGGGCUGCCGGAUGCGCCAGACUGUGGUCACCACGUGGGUGCUGCACCUGGCGCUGUCCGACUUGCUGGCCACCGCCACCCUGCCAUUCUUCACCUACUUCUUGGCCGUGGGCCACUCAUGGGAGCUGGGCACCACCUUCUGCAAGCUGCACUCCUCCAUCUUCUUCCUCAACAUGUUUGCCAGUGGCUUCCUGCUCAGCGCCAUCAGCCUGGACCGCUGCCUGCAGGUGGUGCGGCCCGUCUGGGCGCAGAACCAUCGCACGGUGGCCGCGGCCCACAAGGUCUGCCUGGCUCUCUGGGCCCUGGCCACGCUCAACACCGUGCCCUACUUCGUGUUCCGGGACACCAUCCCGCGGCGGGACGGGCGCAUCAUGUGCUACUACAACGUGCUGCUCCUCAACCCUGGGUCCGACCGCGACGCUACGUGCAACUCGCGCCAGAUGGCCCUGGCCGUCAGCAAGUUUCUGCUGGCUUUCCUGCUGCCGCUGGCCAUCAUCGCCUCCAGCCACGCGGCCGUGAGCGCGCAGCUGCGCCACCGCGGCCGCCCGCGGCCCGGCCGCUUCGUGCGCCUGGUGGCGGCCGUGGUGGCGGCCUUCGCGCUCUGCUGGGGGCCCUACCACGUCUUCAGCCUGCUUGAGGCGCGCUCGCACAGAGACGUGACGCUGCGGCCGCUCGUGUGGCGUGGGCUGCCCUUCGUCACCAGCUUAGCCUUCAUCAACAGCGUGAUCAACCCGCUGCUCUACGUGUUCACCUGCCCCGACAUGCUGCGCAGGCUCCGGCACUCGCUGCGCAGCGUGCUGGAGAGCGUGCUGGUGGACGACAGCGACCUGGGCACCGGCAGCAGCCGUCGCCGCCGCUCCUCCACUGCCGCCCCGGCCGCGUCCAGCCCGCUGCGGCCGGCGGGUCUGCUCGGCUGGCUGCCCGGCUCCCGCGCUGCUCCCCCCGCGAUGGGCCGGGAGAGAUCCCAGGACGAGAAGGGGCCCCUGAACCGGAUGCUGAGCACCACCUCCAGUUAGAGGCGCGGCCGGCGUCGCCCUUCUCCGCGGAAGGUAGAAGCAGGGCAGUGAUCCAGCGCAAUAGCAUCCUGAAGGCACCGUCGUUAAAAUGUCGAUGCCCGGCUCCAGCCUCCGAGAUCUUAGUUGAAGGGCAGGACCCGGGGAUCUGCAUUUUAAAGAGUCCUGCGUGACUCAGUGAACCAAAUUAGAAACCGAAUUUAAAGCAGUUUCCAAAAGCUUUGCAAAUUUUACUGUGCUUGAGUCACCUAGAGAUCCAGCUGGAAUGCAGUCUGAUCCAGCAGGCGGAGCAGGGGCGCGGAGAUCUGCCCCCAGGCGGCGGUGUCAGUGCUGCCCGUCCACGCACGCAGUUGGACUAGCCCGGGUUGAGACCUAAGACUUCUCAAACUGGA